GCUCUCCUCUUGCUUCCUCUGCCUUCUUCUCCCUUGGUGCAAGGAGCUGGCUGGCUCCUUGACGCUGAUGUGCCCAUGCCCAUGUGUGUGAGUGCAACCCAUAUAUAGCUUUCUCCCUCUGGCCCCUUGUCCCCCUGCCAAUCAGUUGAUCCGUCCAGCACCAGCAAGCAAUCGGGUUCAGGUUCAGGUUCGAUCCUCUAGCUUUUGCGGUUGCGUCCGUCGAUUUGUUUGCCAUGGAGGGAGGAGGCGUUCCUUCCGUCCAGGACGUGUGGGACUGGGAGGUGCUGCCUGACGAACACAGGAGCUUCUACGCCGAGACCAGGGCCGCAUCCCGUGCCCACGCCGGCGGCGAGGUUCUCGCCGAUCACGAAACCGAGGAACCGAUCCUGCCUCCUCCCUCACAAGUGGACGCUGAUAAUGUUGACGAGUGCAAGGACAUCGGCGUCGACGUCGUGCCGGCCGGGGCCAGAUCAACCCAAGAGGAUGAGGAACCCGCGGCGCCGGAGCUGCUAGUCUCUGACGGCAACGGACAGGACAAGUUCCAGACCUGUGGCGACGCCAAGGAGGUGGACGACGAUGGCAAGCAGAUGGCGGCGGCAGAGGCAGUGGAGUCAGAGCUUCCUCCUCACGAGUUCGCCGCGGGAGAGGAGGAAGAGGGCAAGAAGGAGGAGGACGCGGCGCCGCCGGAGUGCGUGGUGUUCAGCGUGGGGAAGCUGCGCGUGAACGCGGUCGGGGCGCUGUGCUCGUUCGGGGUGGCGGCGGCCACCGUCUGCGUUUUCCUCGUCGGCGGCAGGCUGCAGCACCAGAAGCAGCACCAGCAGCAGCAGCAGCAGAAGAUCCAGCUGCAGUUCCUUGGCGAUGAUAAGAGAAUUCAGCAGGUGGUGCAGCAGACAUCGAGGCUGAACCAGGCCAUGUCAUCCAUGAUGGGGGCAGGCGCGUCCACGAGGGCCAACAUAUCGUUCGGUGGCUUCUACGACGGCUUCUGAUCCACCCGCCCGCGAUUCAACUCUCGGAUCAAGCACAAGCUGCUGGAUUCAACUACGUAGAUCUGAUGAAGAAAAAGCUAGCUCAUGUUAUAGCAAAUCGACAGCUUUGUUAGUAGUAGUUGUCAUGUACUCCUACGCAUAACAUAGAUCACGCCACCCGCAAAAAAAAAAAAAAAAAACAAAAACAAACAUAGAUCACGUGUUUGUACAUAAUGCACGAUAUACUGGAUGUAAAUAAUUGGGAGUGUUGGACCGUGGCCGGGGCCGGCUGUAUGUGUAUGCACAUGAGGAUGGAUUCAUUAAUAGAUUUGUUAUUAAGUUCA